UCUCAGAGGCAGGGAGUGCUUGGAAGGUCCCCGUCCCAGACACGCAAUGGCUGCACGGACUGUCCCCCACGCCUACCCCAUGAGUUCCGAGUACGAGUUUGCCAACCCUAGCAAGAUCUACGACCAGAACUUUGGAGAAGGUGUGUCCCCAUGUGAGAUUUUAGCCCCUGCCCUGUACCACGGCUACUACAUCAGGCCUCGGAUCAAUAAGCAGCUGGAUCGAGGCACCUCUGAGAUCAGCCUCAACGAGCACAAAUUUCAGGUGUUCCUGGAUGUCUGCCACUUCCUGCCGGAUGAGCUCACUGUCCGCACUGUAGACAACCUGCUGGAGGUGAUGGGGCAGCACCCCCAGAAGGCUGACCGCCACGGCUUCAUCUCCCGAGAGUUCACCAGGACCUACAUCCUCCCUCUGGACGUCGACCCCUUGCUGGUGAGAGCCACCUUGUCCCACGACGGCAUCUUAAGCAUCGUGGCUCCCCGGACGGGGAAGGAGGUGAAGGCCAGAGUCAAUGAGGUGAAGAUAAGCCAAGAGGAGCCGCCAGUGGGGAAAGAAGAACAGUCUGAGGAAGGAAAAGGGAAGGAAGAGUCCUAAGGGCCCCAGAUCUGGGCUUGUACAGGGAAGGGGGGUGGGUGGGGGGCAGGGAUAGGGAAUCCACGGUGCCAGACCCCUAUUUCUCACCAUCAGUAUUUGAUGCGAGGCAGCCGUAUGUAUGCCAGGCUUCUGCUUCUUAAGGCUGAUGGCUGGAAAAAGGGACUUGGAACUGGAGAAAGAGGGGAACUGAAGUGUUAGUGCAAGGGACUGUUAAUGCAAAGUUUUCUCCUAGGUCAAGUGCUGACUGAGCACCAUGGAGGGUGCUCUGCUCUCACCCCAAAUGGCGAGGGUCACUCUUACCCUAAACUGUGAGGCUGUGCUGCAGUGGACUGUUAAACAGCUGCUGUUCUCUAGCCCAGAAGGGUACUGGGAAGAGGGAAGAGGUGAUCCCAGUGCCUGGCUUCUGAGCUGGUGGCUGACCUUUGUGGAGGCAGAAGGUGCUUGUUGGUCUGUAAAAGUGCCUGCGGCUCUCAGGAGGAAAGAGGAAUAAAUCUGCCUCUGAUCUUCUCUUGUUUGCCUUGGAUUCAUGUUGCUUCUGGCCAAGCUACUCAGCAGCAGGAAGGACGGACAGUGCCUCAGCUGCUCCGGAUGUGGGGAGCAGAGCAGCAGAGAGUCCACACUGAGCUUAUCGGUGGAAAUGGCAUCCAUGGGGACUUGGAGGGACUCUGGCCAUGGGGCAGCCAGGGGGACCUCUGUGACUGGCCCUGCUGGCUCAGGUGCAGCUGGAUUUGCUCGCUGUUGUAGGGAGCCCACAAGUGGGCUGUAGCCUCAAGGAGAAAAGAUUUAGAGUGAUGGACUCUUGGAGACUCCCUCUGCGCAUUUCCAGACCUGCAGCUGGAGUUACCCCCAGUAAACAAAUGCCAAGCCACAGUCCCUGCUUGCUUCAGCCCUCUAGUUUAUGGGACACAAGGCUUGUUCACACACAGAGCUUCUCGGCCAUUGUGAGGGGAGUGAACCCCAAAAUGCUGAAGGGGAAGGCUCUGCUCAGGUCCCAAGUGCCUUGCUGGCAUCCCAGCACUCUCUGUAGACACAGCCGGGAUGAAUUUGUCCCCUUUUGCAGACUCUGUGAUGCUACCGGCUACAUGAGAAAUGUCUCCAUAGUCUUGUGAUGUUGGGCCAGGGAUCGUGUGUGCUGCUGUCGGUGGCAGCUGCUGCCUCCGAUGGCCCCGAGGGCUCAGCAGGUGCCAGUUGCAAUCCUUGUCUUGUCAGAGCCAGUUAAAGCAGCCAAAAUGCUGUGUCACUGGCCAAAUAUGGGGGUCCCUGGCAUGCUUCAGCGCAGCCCUCCCACAGAGGGGGAGAGGAGCUUCCAAGGUCCCUGUGGACAGAGCUGGGAUGUGACCUGCAGGCUUCUGUACCCUGCCUCCAUGAACACAUAGGGCCAGAAACGCCCUGCUCGGGAGUCUGUCCCAUGCCGCAUACCUCCUUGGUUGCUGAAACACUCGUAUAAGGCUGCUUUUUCAUCCUUGCCAGGCAAAGUGGGAUCCAGCCUAGACUGAACCACUGUGCAGCUAUUUUCUGCUUCUCAGGGCCCCUGCCAGCAAUGAGGAUCAAAUUAAGAGCCAUCCUGCCUGCCAGCCUCCUGAGAGCAAGCAGGAGGCUGCCUAAGCCUCCAUCCCCUCCUGGUGCAGAUCAGAUACCCACACUCACAGUUCUACUGCUGAGGGAUGCUCUUACUCAUGAAGUAGGACCAGAUAAGCUGCUGCCAGUAAGUGUUGCAGACACUGUCAAAAUAAA